AGUACUGAAAAGCCUCUCAAUGGCUAAUGAUUCAUUGGAGUCUCGAUGGCUCAUGAUUCAUUGGAGAAACAUGUAAGUGUGCUUCUGUACUCAAUUUAAUUAGCAGUCAAUCGAUUGGAUUUUUUUACCAAUUGUUUGGUGUCUUUCGUGAGCUGUCACCAAGGGAUUAAGGUACUGAUUGGUAUUGAAUCAUUUGAUUAAGCGAUAAAAUUAUUGUAUACGUCAAUUGGCAUAUGUCAAAAGUAACAGCACCAGAUUUCCUCACUUUUCAAAUGAAGUUGCACAAUGUCCAGCGAACACCGACGGCAGGUGAACUUAUAGCAAUGAUUAUUGCUACGUAGUAAUCGUCCAUAAUUCCAUUGCUCAACCAAAAAUUCGUUUUUUGUCUUCAAAUGUGUUCAAGUGAACCAAAGAGAAAGAAGGGGUGAGGUGGAAAAUACCGAUUUGGUUAAAUAAAUAGCUCAAUAAAAAAAAUCUUGAACAAAAAUAAGGUGCAAGGUUUCAGCAAUGCAAAUAGUGACCACAUGAGCCCUGUAUAGUUCAAAGAUCGUCAUUUUUGCGUGCAUAAAUGGAAUUGUGCCAGAAUCUUUGGUUAAAUCCCAUAUCGUCAAAUGAUUGUAUCAAAUGCCGACGUUCUAAAAAUCCAGAGAGCCAAAGAAAUAAAAAGAAAAUUCUUCAGAAUUAUCCGAGGAGAAGAUAAUCUGUAUCAUCCAAUUCAAAAAAAAUUUGGAGUAAAAACAUGUUCCAAAGUUCAUAUGAACAGAAUAACUUGAAUUUAGAAAAUAUGUGACCAAAAAGUGCGUCCUGUGACAGAUGCAUAGCAACAAGUGACAUUUGUUGGCGCCGAUGUUCGGGCGCGAACUUGGUACAGUCAAACUUCGUUUUAGUCGUGUAUAGUGAAGAGUCACACCACACCAUUCAAACAUGUGCAACUGUGUUGGAAUAUUGCGACGCGCUGUGAUGUCACACUCAUUCGGCUUCGGUGUGUUUGUGUUGCUGUUGAUCUGUGUGUUACGCGCUAUAUCGAUAGUCAAAGCAGAGCUUCUUAUGCGAUCGGACGUAUUUAUGUGCAAAGCGUAGGAAAAAAAAACCAUACGCAUAAAUAGCGUGAUCUAUAUUUGGAAGAAAAAGAAAUUAUCGAGAAAAAUUAAAUUCAUUUUGCUGAAAAUUGCUAUUAUUCAAAGCAAAACCCGUGCAAAGCAGAGACAGGCAUAAUCAUGCAGCCAUUUGGUGGUUCAGGUCGGCACCGAAAACAGCCCGAAGCGGACAAUUACUGUUGGACAUGCCAUCGCGAUGACACAGAGCAAUUCUGCACCACGUGUGUGCGAUCGUUUCACGAGUCAUCAUCGUGUUCACGUGCCAAAGGUUUAUCCCAGGAGGAGCUCAUGACGUGGCGUUGUCACGAGUGUUUGGACAUCGAAAAAGGAGCCGAACAAAAUAAGACCGAGAAUAUCACUGCGGCCCAGUUAAAAAAGGUGUUGAAUUACAUCUUUCAAAAGCUAAUCACAGAUGAUCGAACUUUCGCCAAACCAUUUAUGAGCAUCGAAUAUCCCAGAGGAACGGUUGUGAAUACAAUGGAUUUGAACACGAUGGAAAGAAAGAUUGAAAUUGGUGCGUACAGUUGUUGUGAGGAUUUUUGGUCAGACAUCAAAUGGAUCGUGCAUAACACAAAGAUUCAUAGCACAGCUGACUACGAAACAAUCCGAGCGGCAAGGUUGUUAUUCAAUACCGCCAAAGAGGAAACGUACAGCAUUCGAAUGUGCCAUGAGUGUUACCUCAACGAUAAUGACUUUACGGCUCCAUGUUCCAUACCGCAUCUUUUGGUUUGGGCAAAACAAAGGACAUACCCACAUUGGCCCGCAAAGCUGAUUCGAUACAAUAGUAUGGAGCACACAGUUGAUGUGUUGUAUUUCUGUGAAAAUCAUCUUCGAGCCAUUCUACCGGCCAAAGAUUGUCUACUGUACUCGCAACAGUGUCCUAGCCUCGCCGUUGGCAAUCACAAAAAUGCGUUUAAUAACGCACUAAAGGAAGCUGAACAGUAUAUCAACAACAUAACGAAGAAAUACGGCUCAUUUUACUACGCUGACCCGAUAACCGUUUUGCAUUGCAAUCAAUUGGAGCGCCAUCUCUAUGACACAAUUCCGAAUGCUUGGAAAGAGCUAGGCCGUUCAGUUGUUCCACCUUCAAUUGUAAAGCCUGUGCCGGCAUCGGCUACAAGUGCUCGUCGAAUGUCAAUGCCAGUGCAUCGGAAUAAACGCUCUUUUGCGCCUCCGCCUUUUGUACCAGGACGCAUCAUGACUCGGCGAAUGUCAUCAAUUUUGAAUGAAUCAUUCGUGGCGGAGGAGGAAAAGACCGAAAAACCGAAGAAAGCUACGGUAUAUCGUCGACAGUCGGUACAAGUGGAUCGUCUACCAUCUCAAGCGAUCAAUUCAACGGCACGAGUUUCAAAGGCAAAAGUUCCGACUGAAGCCAUUCAAUCUGCUGCUAAGAAGCGACGAAUGAGUUUGAGUUUGAACUUGGAAGGGCCAUCAGCAAAAAGUGCCAGAAUGGCCAGUGAUGCGAAUCGAAAGAAAGCAACUUCGGGACCAUUCAAUUCAAUGACAUUGCAACCCGAUUCAAAGUCGGCUCAAAAUCCAUCCAGUUACUCGGUGUUCAAAGUACCAACAGUGCCGAAAAUGCGAAAAUCAGCAGCAUCGACCAAACAGCCAAGCCAAGACAAUUCGACCAACAAUGAUUUGAUCGCUGCUAUUGAUCGUGACUUGACCAAGACGUUAUCACAAAGUGCUCGCUCAGCAAAAGAACAGAACGGUUUUGAUCAAAAGACCAUGAAAGUUUCACCGCCAAAGCCAAAUCCGAAAAAGAAUCAAGCUUUUAAUCGAAAUGUAGGAUGUUCUGUGGGUAUGGUUGCCCUCUGCAAGGCAGCGGUCGAGAAAGAUACGGAGAAAAUGGUUGAAAGUGUUCGCUUAUCACUGUCCGAUACGCUAUUCAAUUGUCUCAACACAACCAAAUCGCAGAAUGACCAAUCGUUGCCAGAACAACUUGAAAAACAGCGAAGCAACUACGAUCAAAUGAUUACCGGUUUGCGUCAUCAGAAUCGGGAUUUGGAGGCAAGCAUCAAGAGUUACACGGAAAAUCAUUCGAAGAAAAAUCAAACUCGCAAGAAUGCGAACGAUGUAAAUGACCUCAAAGUGAAGUUUGAUGCUACGGCCGCUGAUUUGGCGAAGACACAGGCAAAACUGGCCGAUGUCAACGAUCAAAUGGGUUCAUUGAUGAAGAAAAAUAUGUUUUUGAACGCAACCAUUAACAAACUUCAAACGACAAACUUUGAUCAAGCCAACAGUUUGAAUAGUGAGCGUGCGAAAAAUGCGCAUUUGGUCAAUGUGAACAAGAAUUUGAUGGACGGAAACGCGAAACUGAAUUUAACGUUGGACAAUUUGUCAGCAGAGAACAAGCGGCUAAUUUGCCAAAUGAAAGAGCAACAGGCCAAGAACGAAUCGAUGAAGAAUCAAGCGUACGAACACUACGCAAGAAUGAUCACCGACAUCAAGAAGAAACAAUGGUGCGCUACGUGCGGAAUGCCAGGCGGACAAUACUUUUGCAGUGCACAAUGCGAUGAAUAUGCCCGGAGUCCAUACUAUCAUUAGAUCGAGCGAAACUAGAGUUUUUCUCCAAUCUCCACCAGCCCACCUUGACACUUGACGUUCUUCAAUUUCGAAGCAGCUGAAUUACUACGUUGAUUGGAAUUUAGCGAAAUAAAUUGAAAGCUAUAUGUUUACGAACUUUUUACAAUUUGAAUCAUUUUUUAUGACGAUAGAAACAGAAAUUUCCAGUUAUUAGUGUUAGUUCUAUGUGAUUUGCCAUUUAAAAUGAAUAUUUAUGAAUUUGAUACUAAAAGCAGCCGGUUUGAUACACUACGUGAGUAGUAGAGUAUUGUAAAUGAAUAAGUCGACUUAGAAUUUGAAGUUUCUCAAUUUUACCUUGAAGAAUUCGAUAUCGUAAAUAAUUGUUUGUACAACACACAAAUGGUGUUCAAUGAAUGCCAUUCAUUUAAGGAUCAUUGCUAGAGCAAACGAAUCCCCUUGUACUUAGAGUGCAGAAUUGAAUAACGUGACGAUAACAUCAAUUGUUCUUUAUAAAUUGGUGUAGGAAAUCAAAAUCUUAAUAUGAUGUUGUAAAACCGAAAUCAAAUCUACCACUUUUCAAAUUGGACAAUUGAAAGAAAAACUCUUUUCUAUUGCACAAUCGGAAGAAAAAUGGACAUAACUUAGACGAAUCGAUUCGGCUUCAACUAAUUUUUGAUAAUAUUGUAAGAAAAUAUGUGAUUCGAUUUGGUUUGAAACUGAUGUAAAUCGGAAUUGUUCAGUUGAAUAAAAAUGUGAAAUUCUAUACAGAACAAAUUAAGAACCAAGAUACAGAUAGAUAAGACUAGAAAACAUGACAAUUUACCAAUGGAAAAAUGAACAUUAGGCUUUAGUAUUAAUUCGCAAUUUUUUCUACUUUCUUAAUUGCAUUCAUUUGUUGAACGAUUUGAAUAUCUCCUAAUGAACCAGUGCUUUGAUUAAAUCUAAAUGAAUAGAACAAUAAAA